AUGACAGUCGCUGCUGAAGAUCAACACUCGCUAACCCCCAAUGAGAUUGAGGCUCAGAGACCCUUGUAUGAGCCAGAGUACGAUGAGCAGUAUACCAACUCGGCAUUCAAGAACCAUUUGAUCGCGGCCUUGGGCGAGUUUUUCGGUACUUUUAUCUUUCUCUGGACGGCGUUUGUCAUUGCCCAAAUCGCCAACCAGGACCCAACCAUCCCUCCCAAGGGACAAGGCUCGAACCCAAUGCAAUUGUUGAUGAUUUCAUUUGGGUUCGGCUUCAGUGUCAUGAUGAGCGUCUUUAUGUUUUUCCGAGUCUCGGGCGGAAAUUUGAACCCGGCUGUCACGUUGACGUUGGUCUUGGCGCAAGCUGUGCCCCCUAUCCGUGGCGUCAUCAUGAUGGUGUCUCAAGUUAUCGCCGGUAUGGCUGCUGCUGGUGCUGCCUCGGCCAUGACACCAGGUGAAAUUGCAUUUACUAACGGGUUAGGCGGCGGUGCCUCAAAAUCGAGAGGGUUGUUCUUGGAGGCUUUCGGCACUUUCAUUCUCUGCUUCACCGUGUUGAUGAUGGCUGUGGAGAAAUCCAGAGCCACCUUCAUGGCUCCCUUUGUCAUUGGUAUUUCGUUGUUCUUGGGCCAUUUGGUAUGCGUUUACUACACUGGUGCCGGCUUGAACCCGGCUAGAUCUUUUGGUCCUUGUAUUGCUGCUAGAUCGUUCCCUGUUUACCACUGGAUUUACUGGGUGGGUCCAAUCUUGGGUGCAGUCUUGGCCUUUGGUGUGUGGAGAUUGUUGACCUUCUUGGGUUACAGAUCAUGUAACCCAGGCCAAGACGAUGACCAUUGA